AUGUCGUUCUGGAGUUCGUACAAAAGUCUCUCCCCCAAGACGCGAGCCCUCUUCGGAGUCGGCGCCAUGACAUGGGCGGCUAUUGGUUUGUGGGCGACGCCGCAGGUGGAAGGCGCCAUGGGCUUGACGCCGACGCCGGAGGAGCAGCAGGAAUUGGAUCGGAAACUGGCCGUUCGGGUGACGAGGGUUGAGAGAGAUGGGAACUGA